GCGCCAUUUUUUGAACGAACGUUUGUUUUCACGUUGUCAAUUUCAAUCACUUCAGGUCUUCCCUUGUACAUUUCCAUCAUGCCUUCACGGUAUGAUAGCGUGAGAAGUGUUUUUGAACAAGCUCAGCGUAGUUUUCAACAGCACAAGCUGUUAGCGGAUUUGAAAAAGCUCCACGACAAGUCCUCUCCUGAUGAAUUUCUGGAAAGUUUCUUGUUACAUUUGAAACAUGCGAUGGUUGUUUUUAAUAGAGAACCUGCUGUUGAAAGAGUCAUCGAGUUCGUGGCCAAGUACGCAACGCUAAAAGAUCACCGUACCUCUCAAACUGAACAGGUAUAACAUAUAUGUGUCAAAAAAUUCGGAAAGGGAAAUACAUCUGAGUGAAUCCUGAGAGGACACGAAGAAGCAUGGGGAUUGCAAGAUUUUAUAAAUACAUUUGCUUGUGUAUAUAUUAUGUAUCUAAAACAUUUGUAUAAUGCCACUUUCUCUAGUAGUUUUAAAGUACUACUCGAGUCAAAAUGUUUUGAUUUGAACGCAGACUUAUGCCAUGAACACCAAGUGAAGACAAAGUAAUUCGUUAUGAUCCCUUGAAGCUGGCACGAGAGGUUGCUGUUUCUCGGAUUAUGUUUAAUUUAGUUCUUUUCUUUUUAAUUAAUGAACACCAUGACAUGUUCAUAACUGUAACCUUUGGUGAUGAUGAUGAAUAGAGAAUGGAACAGGUGGGCAGGAGGAAAUUCAGUUUCCUAUUAAUACAGUGGAGUUGAGGUCGAUCUUGACCCCAAAUCUUUGCAAUGUAUUUGGAGUCUCCUGAAAUGACACCUGGGGUUUCUCUCUGAUAAAGUUUCUUGUCUAAACAAAUAGGAUGGCCAUAGAAGUGAUGGGGAGGAGGAUGAUUACAGCAAUGUUUUCCUUGACUCCGUCUUCACUUUCUUGCUGGACUCGCAUGAUGCUAAAGACAAAGCUGUAAGAUUCCGUGUCUGUCAGCUAAUCAACAAGCUCUUGAAUAACAUGGGUGAUGAUGCUGUUAUUGAUGAUGAUCUGGCAGAGAGGAUAUUUGAGAGCAUGUUGAUACGGCUCCACGACAAGUUUCCUGCUGUGAGAGUGCAAGCUGUUGCAGCUAUUUCCAGGCUCCAGGACCCCUCAGAUCCUGAGUGCAUUGUAAUAUCCACAUACUUAAAACUCAUGUCAAAUGACUCCAGUGUUGAAGUGCGCAGAGCUGUGCUCCUGAAUGUUGCUCUUACUUCUCAGACAUUGGAGGGAAUAAUAGGUAAAUCUUUAUAGAUCCAAGAAAAAAUGUUAUUUUCCUCUUCCUGAAUGAAAUAACUGCAAAAUGUUUUUUUCACAAGUCUCUAAGGCAAGAGCAUGGUUCACUUGUAUGACUCAGAUGAUAGCAAUUACCCUUAUGUUAGUAUAAUUGCAUAAAUCUUUGAAAUUCCAGGAGCUUUGCUAUUUCUAGUUAUUAUGCCUGAAAAGUAUUCUUUAAUGGUCAGCUUGACUAGGAUGUUAAUGGUGUGUCAAAAAAUAUUUUGUAUUUGGCAUUUUGAAUUAAAAUAAGCAUUAUCUACCAGUGCCUUGCCAUCUUUUCUGCAGGAAGAACCCAAGAUUUGACAGAAUCAGUACGAAAGUUAGCUUAUCGUAUCCUAGCAGAGAAGGUGAACAUAAAAUCAUUUACAAUUGCCCAGCGUGUGCAACUGCUUUCCAAUGGCUUGCAUGACAGAUCAGAGGCCAUUAAGGAAGUUUGUGCAAAGGAGCUUCUUGGACAGUGGUUGAACAAUUUUGAUGGGGAUGUGGUCAAACUUCUGAAAUGCUUAGAUGUUGAUGGAUGCACAGAGGUUGCAGAACUGGCUUUAAAGACAUUGCUGAAUGGUAUGUAUAUAUACAUAUACAUAUACUUUGUCCUGCACUGAUUUUAUUUGGGUUUCAUUUGUACCCUACCAUUGAGAUAGGUACACAGAUGUAGAAUUUGAAAUUAUUAUAUUUUACUUAUUGUAGGAUUACCAAAGGAAGACCUUCAAGGUUACAUUGAUUCUUUAAAGAAAGGACAACAAGAAGAAGGCCCUGUGAAAAUUAGCUAUGAAAAUCUAGAUGCUGAGACAGCAUUUUAUUGGAGAUGUCUUGGAGAACAUUUGAAGUUCAUGGGGGUGAAUGGUGAAGCACUUUUGGAUGAACUUCUACCUGAAGUAUCAGUAUUUUGCAAAUAUAUUCAAGGGUAUGAAUAUCUUGAUCUUGGAAAAUAAAAUUAAUGUAUUAUGAUGUGCAAUAUUGUUUUCUCAAGUUGCACAGAAAUCUUUCUACUUUUUUUAGUGUUAUUGUUGUUUAAUUUGUGGGCUUUUUGGAAACACAAUGGUUCAGCAAUACAUGUAAGUAUAUUGGACUCUCGGGCAAGACCAAAGAAAACCCUCUCGGUGUCUUUCCCCACAAAGGAGGGAAUAAAUGGGUAUCAGAAAUUGUCAAGGAAAUAUGCUCUAAGUCUUGCAUCCCAUUCAAGGACAUUGGCAAUGUUCUUAGUGGCUAUAUGGUAUAAAGAAACCAGAACAUGCUUGCAGACACACCUUUAAGACUAAACACUGAAGUAUCAUUCUGUAUUGACAGGUAUGUUGACAACUGUUUGUCCAGAAUAUCUUCAGAAGAGUCUUAUCAUUCAGGAAGUCAACAGAACUUUAUCACCAGGCAACUUUUGAUUCUUGUGGGAGUAAUGGACCUCUCUGAUGAAGUUGGAAGGUACAUACAUAGUAAAGUAAAAAUAUCAAAUAAAGCUAUGAUCUAUGCAGGUAAGCUGCAAUUUUAGCAAUUGCAGAGAAGAAGCCUAAAAAUUAAUUCAGUUUUUAACAAGAAGGGAACAGCUGUUUUGUCUCCUGUAGCUGUUUGCUUUAGCCCUUGAACUAGUAGGAGUGACUGUGUCCUAAUUUCUCCAUACAGUAUCACCCUUGAAUAAACUAUAAAGGUCACAAGAAUAAUAGAAAUAAUCACCAAUUUAUGAAGUUCCCUCUUGCCAAAAAAAUUCUCCAGCUUAUUGUCAUUAAAAUAGAAAAUGUGGUGAUAUUAGAGUGAGGAGAAUGUGAUUAUUUGUGUUAAGUUGUAAAGGGUUAAACAAAUAAUGUCAUUGGUGAAGAAGUAAAUGUCCUUGUUCCCUAUCUCUUUGUAAGAGAUUGAUUUCCCAAUCAUGCCCUUAAGUAGGUUUUUUUAGUUCCAUUAUGAUAUCUAUUUGUCUUUAUCAACAUGCAAGAUAAAUUCUGGAUUUAAUUCCUGGUUAGCACCAACUACUGUUGUCAGUGCCAAAUCACAUUUCCCAGAAGGUUUUUAGAUAUUUCCUGAUCAAAUGAAUGCACCUUGUUUUUCGCAUCUGUGGAUUCUUGCAUGUAACAGCUCUUGUCCUUGCUUUGGUUGUUAUUAAAAAGUUUUGUACAUAUUUUUGCAGAAAGAAUCUUUGCCAGAUGAUCCAUGACUUGUUGGUACACAUGGAGAUCCAAGAGUCAUUGGUGGAUGUCCUACAUGACAGAUAUGUAGGUGUUCAACCAGAAGAAAGCAGUAGAAUCCAGGAGCUUGUUGAGAUUAUUGCUGAUGUUCGACAACCUAUUGUGAUGAUUGAGACUCCUCAAAACAAGGAAGAAAAACGAGUAUGGGAACUUAAGGUAAUGGUACACCCAACAGGACUGUUGGGUUAGUACAUUUAGGAUCCUCUUAAACAUCUAUUUACAGGAUCCUUGAAAUACAAACAUGGCUGUAUUGAAUCAAGAUCUCAAUGCUCAGUUGUAGGCUUUCCCUUUGUUUUCCCUCUGUGCCAAGGUGUAGAAGUUUUUGACAGACUCAGAAAUUAGAGGGAAGGGGAGGUAUGCUGGUGAUCAGACAUGGUGCACCUUGGAGUUUUAAGAUAAUGACAGUUUGCUAAUGCUUCACUGUAACCAUACUUUUAGGUUGCUGGAAUCAGUGUUAAACUUAAUCAGUACCGUGAUGAAAUGGAACAGUGUGUGACAAACCAGGAUUUUGCUAAGGCAGCUGAACUCAAACAGCAAAUUACAGAUCUGGAAGAACAGAAAGAAAUACUUGAUUCACAAGAGAACUCCUUUUCCCAGACUAUUAGGGAAGAAAAGGUAAUCUUAAUCUGAAGAUAUCUUGAUAGAUGUACAUGUAUUGUUUAGAAUGGAUGCGUGAGGGAGUGGUGGGGUGGGGUGGGGUGGGUGUAUAUCGAUUUCCAGUAGAUUUUAAAAUUGUCUCAUAACCCACACCUCCCUACUACCUGCAGUGGCGUGCAUUUAAUGCAAAAUCAAUAGAUUACCCACAGGUAAACCGCCAGAAAUUACAGCACUACAAAAUAUGAUUUCAACACAGCUUUAGCAGGAGGACAGUCACCAGGCAGACCAUUUUUGCUUCUGACUCUCCUGUUACUGAACUUGUCAUCCCUGGAGGUCUCAGCCUUCUGAACCCCACCUCUUAAACUGCUGCCCUUCAGGCUCAUAGACUAGGGCUCAGAACAACGGCUGGUCAAUGGACAAUGUCAGGUCAAAUAUAGGUUUUGUCCAGUAAACCCUUUGUUGGCCAGACACUUUGUCCAGUUGCUUACUGAUGUAAAUAAGAAUUUUAUUCCAAGGGAAGGUCAGAGUCUAAGUGUGGCUGUAUCACUUUUCAUGCAUUAAGUUUGAGGCUGCAUGUACAAUAAAAGAGUGGUAAAUACACUAAUUUUAUAAGGGAGGGUGGGGUGGAAUCUAUUUAGAUAUGACUUAAAGGACAUUGGGUUGUGUCCAAGUAAAAAAGAGGUGUGACUGCACAACUUGACUGUUACCAAACAGGAAAUUAUUUUAAGCACUGCAGACCCUAUUCAAACUCAAUAGAUGCAACACAAAAUUAUUGACAAAAUUGUUGACUUGCAUUACAGUGAUUUCCAACAACAAAGAAGAUUGCAACUUUAGUUUAUAUAAAUGUACAGCUGCUCAGCAGUGAAUGUUAUACAAUUGCAAUUUUCUUUUCAUCUGCAAGGAUGAUCCUGAUACGUUAUUGAAGUGUUUAACCAUUGCAUCUGAGAUGCUGCAGGGUGUGGCAACAAGUGGACUGAAUCCAACACUAACCACUUUGGUUCAAACUCUGGUAAUUUGCACACCUUUCAUUAACUGAAUUGUUUCUAAGUGCUCUUAGUCUCAACUUAUUCAACAGCCAGUUUCAUAUAGGGUAAAUCUAGUGCCACACUAAGGCAUAUGAAAUACAGUAAGGUCAGUACCAGUUGAGGAAUUUUAAAUACAAAGUAAUUGCUACCCUAACCUUCCAGCAAUUGAUGGUUGACAGGUGGUUGUUUGGUAAUUUGAUGUCUUUGAUGUGUCGCUUAAGAGUGAGUGAGUUCUCUUAAGCUUUAUUUUUUUGCAAUGGUAUACCAAAACAAAGGGACCCCUUACUUUUAUAAAUGACUAGUCCUGGACUAUAGAACCUUUGCAGGUUGUGCAACAAAAUUUCCAUAUAUUUUUAAGGGGCUGUUCUUAAAAAAAUUAUGUAGAACUGACUCAUACAUGAUCAGGGAGAUAUUUAUUUAUGCUCUGACUUGUUUUUUAUUCAGUCCUUUCGUUUUCCUACAGAUUCUGCCUGGUGUUCAGAAUGAAGAUCCCUUAGUGCGUAACAUGGCUGUCAAAUGCUUGGGUUUGUGUGCCCUCCUUUCUUGUGAAUUUGCCCGCACACAUCUUGUACUUUUUCUUCAGGUAACAAUUUCUUUAUAAGAUAUCAUUCCUGCAGUUCACUUACCAUAACAUGACUGCUGAACAUCAUUGAUUUUAUAUCAGGUGGCCCAACUAGACCAAGAGCUUGUUCGCACAACUGCCCUUCAGGUUGUUUUUGAUCUUCUUCUAAAGUUUGGUCUCGAGGCUUUCAAAGUCAAUGCUUCAGUCCAUGAGGAGGGGGAUGACCCCCCUUCCUCUGACUCAGAACUGGACAAAUCAGACAAUCAAAAUGAUGAAAAUGAAGGAGGAGAAGAUGUCACAGAAAAGAAUGAGGAUGAAGAUGUGGAAGAGACCGAGGCUCGAGAUACGGACACUGCUGCAAGUGUGCUUACAAUACUUACUGGAAUUCUAGAAAGCGAGGUUAAUUUUCCCAUUCUUUACACUAGUUUUUUGUUUAAAGAGAUCCAGUUUUAAUCUUCACUUAUUUGCCUAUGGGUUUUCAGUUCUCUCAUCUCUGGUUAUCUCUUUCCCCAGCAAGCACAAUCACAUAUUUGAUCUACAUGUAUAUUGUAUUUCUUAAAUUGAUUUAUCCAUUCCAAAAAAUAAUGUUAUAAUUUUAGAGCAAUGACCUUAGGAAUGUGGCUGCUGAAGGAUUAGCCAAGUUGUUGCUCUCAGGUCGUGUUCUGAGUGCCAAACUUUUUUCCCGACUUCUGUUGCUGUGGUACAACCCCACCACUGAGGAUGAUGUAAACCUGCGGCACUGCUUGGGUGUCUUUUUCCCAGUUUUUGCCUUUGCUUCACGGUAAGUCAAGGUGCUUAAUUUUCUAAAGAAAUUUGCAUCUCAUUUUUAGAGUGGUAGGAUAUUUUGAACAAGCUUGUAGCUUGCUGCUUGCUGCUUGCUGCUGGCUUUGUUAGCCAAAAGGCUUCGCAAUGCAAACUACAGAAAAAAGCAAAUUUUUCUGCCAAUUUCAAUUGUUGCAAAGUAUAAAGGCCUCAGAGACUACAAUAAUUAUUACAGAUAAUGCUAACUAUGCCUUAUCCAGGCAUAACACUUAGGCAGUGUUUUCCUUUCCGGGCAGUAACCAGUAAAAUUUACUGCCUGUAGUACCUCUUAUUACUGCCUAAAAGCGCUUGGAAUUCUUGAAAAUUCAACAGGUAAAAGGAUUGCUCUGCCAGUUUUAAUUUUUUUGUAUUGUACCUAAAUAAGGGAGAACACUGCAUAGGCACAUCCACUCAUAAACUGUAUGUGACCAAUUAAUAACUUGAAUAUCCAAAAUAGAGGGGUUUGGUUGACUUCGUUACUCCUAUAGUCUGACUUUUUUUUUUUUUUUUUUUUUUCAGCAUGAAUCAGGAGCUGAUUGAAGAGGCAUUCUUUCCCACACUGAAGACACUAUUUAGUGCCCCUAUGUCAUCUCCUCUGGCAUCAGUUAACAUCAAUAAUGUGGCAGAGUUGCUGGUGGAUUUAACAAAUGGAAAAUACUUGGAAAAGAAAGAAAAAUUGCAUGUUGAUGCCAAUGAGGUGCAAAAAAAUUAUUUUUUUUAUUCACUGACUAUAAGUAGUUUCUUCCUCACUAUUUGAGCCCCAGCAGAGCUAGAGAUUGUAUGACAACAAACAUUUUGGACUGAGAGUUAUGCUAACAUCUAAGCUUUGUGACCAGCUUUAAUGAGACUAGACUCAAUGUGGAUGAAACAAGACCCAUUGGAAUAAGGCAAAAGGCUUAAUGGAGUUAACAACAAAGAGCAUCAGCAUUUUCUAGAAGUCAGCAGUGCAUGCAUUCUUGCAUGUGCUUUGAGUGUGAACUUGCAGCGUUGUGAGGAGUGACAGUUCAUCGUCCAGGCAAUGUUCUCCAUCCCUUCUCUUCCUCUUUCCACUGUUUAUUCAGUGUGAUGGUGGCAUGUUUCCCUUUCCUGUCCUAAACGUUAUGGAAAUAAUCAAUACUAGAUCCUUCUAAUAAGGCUAGAUCUAAUCAAUGCGCACUGACAGAAAUAUAAAUGAUUUACUUGAGACAUGUCCUGCCGCUGAGGCAUUUAGCUGGUGAGGUUAGCUAGGGAAUUGAAUACGUAUCUUUAAAUUUUUAGAGUUUGUAUGGUUUUUGGUUGAUCAUAACAUACACUUUUAGCUCUCGUCAGCCAUGGGAGAAGUCUCCAUCUAGUAUCUGGCUGCCAAUAAUGGAAGCUCCUGGAUGUUUCAGGCACCCAACCUCGACUUAGCGAUGUAGUUGUUAACAUUCUGUUGUAGGAAAGUACCCACAGGAGCAUAGGUUAACAGGAAAGCUCACUUGAAGCAAAUUUCUUUCUGUCCAAUCUGAAAUUUAAAAGGUGUACUGACUCUUUUGUAACCUUGCAUGUGUAUACUUUACGAGUCACAGGUAUAGCUCAAGCUGAUCUGUGAGCCAUAGUUGCGCAACAGUGAAGUGACAAUCAAUUUAUGGCCGGGCAACACUCCUCUUACAUUUGGCCAGUAGUUGGUCAGUUAGUGACUGAUAAUCUACCCAUAUAAAAAGCCAUCAUUGACCGAGAAACAGAUCUACUAUUGACCAAUAUAUUCUCAAUGACAGUAGAUCAAUAGAUGGAGUAGGAAAUUGGUGAGAAACUUCAUCAAGGAAUAGUACUGUUGCCUUCAUGUAUAUGAUAUUUUCUUUUUCUUGAUGUAGGCAUACAGCAUUCAUGCUUCUCUCAGCAUUGCAAUUGCUAAUGAGAUUUUGUCUUGUCCUGAUGCUCCCGCUGUGCGAGUUCUGUGCAAGGUACUGACUAUGAUGGACUUGACUGGCUGUGCACAGUCCACAUUCAAGGAAAUUAAAGUCCUUACAGGAAGGCUGAUGGAGGUAAACAUGAUGUGUGUAUCUUUGUAUUUGUGAAUGUGCUCAUCAUGUUCAGCCCACAAUUUUUUUAUUGGUGUCACAAAAACUGGAAAACCCUGGUAUUCUCAGUUAGCAGAUUGUCUCAAUUACAAUACAAGCUGUCAUGUUAAGAUUUUAAAAUGCACUCUUCAUGUAGCCCACUUUAAUAUUGUUCCCAGGCUUUACAGAAUAAGUUGGGCUACUUAAGGAGAAAAGUGGUUUCAGUUUCCUUUUAAGGGACUAUUGGUGAUCCGGUGAUCAGUUUUUUUUUUCAACAUUAGAGAGGGACGAGUUCAAGAUCUGAUUGUUAAUUUUUCCCUCUAGAUAAUUUACAUUUCCAUGUAAAUUAGUUAUGAGAAUUUGGUGUUAGAUCAAGAUAACAACGUCUAAAAAAGUUUGAGUAUUCUCGUGGCCUGUUUGCUGUGUGGAUAUUAUAAGGAGAAGUAAAAUGUCAAUCUCUUCUGGGAGGUAAUGGGUUUAAGAAGUCUCAUCUCAAUACUUUCACAAUUUUAAUGUAAUGUAAAUUUUAGUUGUGUAUUUAUUGUAGUGUCUCACAGUCUUCCUGACAAGACAGACUAUACAUCUCAAGCCUUGAUACCUGUUUGUAUGCAUGUGUUAAUUCAGAACAUUUAGAUUCCUUUUCCCAGUAUUUUAAAUGCUGCUCAUUAUUUUUAUCUAUUUUCUAGGAAAUUGAAGAGAAUAUGUCCCUGAAAUCAUUGAGCAAGUUAAAUAAAAUGCUGGAAACUCUCACAGAUAAGGAGAUUGGUGAGAAUAAACCUGGACUUAAAACAGGAGCUAUCUCUAGUUUGGAUGGCUGCAUGGAUGAAUAAGUUUUGUUUCUGAAUCCCAUGAAUUUUCUUUGGCGUCUACAUGUAAAUGACUCUAAACACAUUGAAUUAUUAUAGCUUAUUAUUAAUACAAGAUUUGUCCAUAGAUUUAAUUGUCGAUAGACAAAAAGAGCAAAAGAAGAUUAUCUAAUAAUGCUAAUUUCCAUGCGUAUUGGUAAACUGACAAGUAGGUGAUGUGCAUAGACAAGAUGAGAACAAAAACUAGCUGGUAAUAUAUCUUACAUGACACCAAAAUAAUUUUCCUCUCUGAUUUACAAGGAAAGGCAUGGCAUUUUCCAAAAGGAACUGAUAGUCACAUAUUUAGCAUUUAAAGACUUAAUGGGGGUCCUGCUAGCUUAAAAAUGGAAAUCAUCUGGUUAUAGAUAGUGUCUCACAGACUGAAUUAGACAAUGGAAAUCAGGAAAAUGCAGAGAAAACAGAGGAACCUAAUGAAGGUACUAUUAAUGAGAAAGCUACUGUUGAUGACAUAGACACUUGGCAAAGAUUAGAGGAAAAUACCCGUGUACCUCAAGAACAAGCAAAAUGCAACACAGAGGAUACAGACACCAUGGGUGGUAGGUUUUGACAUAAUCUGAAAAACUAAGUUUUUGUUCAUUUUUCUUUGCCAAGCUUGGUUAGAAUUAUUUUAAACAAGGGCUUGGAAUCUUUAAUCUUGCAAGCACUGUGUCCCAGUUCUUGUCAUAUCUUUCCCAAAUCAGUUUGAAGUUCUCUCUAUCAAUCCUCUCAUCCAUAUCAUACCAAUUUCUUAUAUUUGCAGACAAAAACUCUGAAGUCCUGAAUGAAAACCAAGCUGACAACAAACCAAAAGAAAUUAAAUCAAGAAGAAAGAGUAAGAAGCAAGUAGGGUCAAAGUCAGUUGCCAGGGAUAAAGAGCUUAGGUAUGAAAAGCAGUGAUAUGAUGGGUCCCUAGCACUGGGUGAAAACACUCUUAUUAAAUGGGUCGCUUUUACAACAAUUCACCUUUAAUUUUCACACUUUCACAGCUUGGUUAAUAAGGUAAAUAAUCAAAAUGAAUGUGUAAAACAGGCAUUUUUCAUAAAUUAAAUUAUUUUAUAGUUUUUUCCUGAGCUAACAAAUUUUGUAAUUUCAAAUGCAUAUGCUUUUUUCAGUACCAAUGUUUCUGCUACUUCUUAAAUUGGAAGAUUUUUUAACUCCUUCAUUAGAGACAGACCAGUCCAUUAUAAACCAAUUUGACUUCUCAAUUUCCUAAACAUUUUGUUACCCAUUUUAAAAACAGCCCUGUUGCUUUGGGUGAGGAAACACCAGCUCGGCAAACAAGAUCAAGCAGGUAUGGCAUAGAAUGUUUUUUUACCCACAGAAAUUCACUUGAGAAACAUUUACUUUGUAAUUUGGACAGUUGUAAAAUAUAAUAGUAAUGAGUGGUAAAAUGUGUUCUGAUGUCUCACUUUCUUUCUUGUGUAGAAAAAGCAAGACAAAUGUUAAUAAAAUGGUCGAGUCUGUGAUAGAUUCAGAGGACAAUGACAGCAAUGGAAAAGAAAAUGUUUCAAGCAAUGAUGCUGAUGAUGUGUUCCUCAAAUGAUUCACUCACUUUGCAUGUGCUGUGUCAACAUUUCACAUUAGUUUAACUUGCAUUUCUUCAUAGCACUUUAGGAACCUGUUGUUCAUAGUUAAUAAGUCUAAUAGCAGUUGUUAGUUUUUUAAAUGUCACGGUUUAAUGAUCUAAACAUGUACAAUGGUAAAUCUUAAAAGUUCUGUAUAAUACCAUUAGUAGUAAAAAGGGCAACUUGUUCUCCCUUGCUGCAAUACAAACAAUUUUGGUGUCUACUUUUGUUGAAAGAAUUGUUGCUGAAAUGGUGGAUUUUGUCUCAUGUAGAUGACUGUUCAAGUGUAUGUAAUGGUAUCUGUAAAAUUAUUUU